CAGAUUUCUUCGCAUACUCACACCGGUUAGCUAGCCGACAUGGCUGAGCCCGAGAAGACAGAACUCGAGGCUCUCGAAGUCGUGCGCGAGCGUGCCCAAGAUGCCGACGCCUUCAUUGACGAGAUGGAGCAAAAGCUCGAGGCCACCGGCGGCCUCGAGACUGGCUUCUUCCAGAUCCAGUUCAAGGACCCUAAACACUUCACCUGGUUACUUGUUGCCUUCGCCAGUAUGGGUGGUCUGCUUUCAGGCAUCGACCAGAGUACCAUUUCCGGAGCGAACUUGUACCUUCCUAAAGACCUGCACUUGGAUGCAAGGCAGAACAGUCUGGUCAACUCAGGGAUGCCGCUGGGCGCUGUUGGUGGUGCUUUGAUUCUGUCGCCUUGCAACGAGUACCUUGGACGAAAAUGGUCGAUUAUUAUCUCGUUGAUUCUAUAUACUAUUGGUGCUGCGCUCGAGGCGGGGUCAAUUAACUAUGGUGGGUUUGAUUUUCAUCUCUGGUCCUAUAUGACGGCUGGCUGACGGGGCUUACCUAGGCAUGAUGGUCGCUGCUCGUGUUAUCCUCGGCGUCGGUGUCGGUCUCGAGGGCGGUACUGUCCCCGUCUAUGUUGCGGAGACCGUCGAGCGCCGCAUUCGCGGUAAUCUGGUUUCGCUGUACCAGUUCAACAUCGCGCUCGGAGAGGUCCUCGGAUAUGCCAUCUCUGCCAUGUUCCUGCGCGUUCCUGGUAACUGGCGGUAUAUCCUUGGCUCAUCGCUUGUCUUCUCUACUAUCAUGUUUGUUGGAAUGCUCUUUCUCCCCGAGAGUCCCCGUUUCCUCGUCCAUCAAGGCAAAACCCUCGACGCAUACAAAGUCUGGAAGCGGAUUCGCGGUAUUCAGACCGUUGAAGCCCGCGACGAGUUCUUCGUCAUGACGGCUUCCGUCCGUCAGGAAGAGAAUGAGGUCCAUGAAGGCGCCCACAACAAGCGCUUCCCCUGGAUGGAUUUCUUCACCGUCCCGCGCGCCCGCCGCUCCCUCAUUUACGCCAAUAUCAUGAUUAUCCUUGGGCAGAUGACGGGUAUCAAUGCCAUCAUGUACUACAUGAGUGUGCUUAUGAACCAAAUCGGUUUCAACGAGGAAAAUGCAAACUAUAUGUCCCUCGUUGGUGGCGGCUCCUUGUUGCUCGGAACGAUCCCCGCCAUUUUCCUCAUGGAGUCUUUCGGCCGCCGCUUUUGGGCCAUUGUUACGCUCCCCGGAUUCUUCAUCGGUCUUGUUCUCAUUGGCGCUAGUUAUCAGGUCGACCUCAAGACGGACCUUAUGACCGUCGAAGCCCUCUAUCUUACCGGUCUCAUCGUCUACCAGGGAUUUUUCGGCUGCUACGCCUGUCUCACCUGGGUCGUUCCAUCGGAAGUAUACCCAACAUACCUCCGCAGCUACGGGAUGACAACCUCUGACGCCCUCCUCUUCCUUAUGUCCUUCAUCGUGACAUACAACUUCACGGCCAUGCAAGAAGCCAUGGGCAAGACGGGUCUGAGUCUGGGAUUCUACGGUGGCAUUGCGGCCGUCGGCUGGGUGUAUCAGGUGUUCUUUAUGCCCGAGACCAAAGACAAAACGCUUGAGGAGAUUGAGGAGGUGUUUUCGAGGCCCACCAUGGAUAUUGUGCGUGAGAACUGGGCAGGUGUUAAAGAGACGUGUGGGAACUUGGCCCGAGGAAACUUCAGGAAAGUCUUUGCUGAGCAGACGAAGCGACGGAGGAGUGUGCAUGAGACUGAGUUGAAGGGCUUAGCGUAG